AUGAGGACCGUUCCCAAUCCACGCUUUCUCGCCGCAACUGUCAAAGUGAGUUUGGGUGAGCUAAACGCAGAGGUCACCACCAGCUACCAAAUGGUCUACCUACCUGCUAGAGGUGACCGUGAAAAAUAUAGAUCCGCCACCUUCAUCUUCACGGAUCUCGUGGAGUCGAAGGAUUUCCAUGGAAAAGCUGGCAGCUUCAUGUCAGAGGGAAAGGGAACCUUCGAUGCAUCCAAGUACAUAUAUAAUGCACGGCUCGCUUGA